GCGAGGAAGAAAAGAAGAUAUGAAAAAGGGUUCUUCCAAACCUAGGGUCUAUGAUUUAAUCUCCAAGGCUGCAACUUUCUCUUUAGGGGUUCAGGUUAGAAACUUUUACAUGGGCUCGGAAGUUCCCUGGAAAUGGCAACAAAGCCGUUGAAUAACAUAUGGAUUCGGCGCCAGCAGUGCCCUUGUGGAGAUUGGAAAUGUUACAUGAAAUACGAAGGAGAUGAUCAGGUGACAGUUGAAUCUCAAUUGGCAAAGAGUGAAACGGCAUCGUCGUCAUCAUCAGAAAUUGUUUUCACUCCAUAUGUUGGUCAGAUAUUCAAAAGCGACGAUGAAGCUUUUGAGUAUUAUGGCAACUUUGCUAGGAAGAAUGGGUUUUCAAUUAGGAAAGCGCGUUCAACUGAAAGCCAAAAUUUGGGGGUUUAUAGAAGGGAUUUUGUUUGUUACCGCUCUGGGUUUAAUCAGCCUAGAAAAAAGGCCAAUGUGGAGCACCCAAGGGAUAGGAAAUCAGUACGAUGUGGAUGUGAUGCAAAAUUGUAUUUGACAAAGGAAAUUGUUGACAACGGCACACAGUGGUAUGUCUCUCAAUUCAGUAAUGUUCAUAACCAUGAAUUGUUGGAAGAUGAUCAAGUACGCCUACUUCCUGCCUAUAGAAAAAUACAAGAGGCCGACCAAGAACGCAUUCUUUUACUCUCCAAAGCUGGGUUUCCUGUAAAUCGGAUAGUGAAGGUGCUGGAAUUGGAAAAGGGUGUUCAACCAGGACAGUUGCCAUUUAUAGAAAAGGAUGUUAGGAAUUUUGUUAGGACAUGCAAGAAAACAGUUCAAGAAAAUGAUGCUUUGCUGACUGAAAAAAGAGAAAAUGAUAUGUUAGAACUUAUUGAGGCUUGCAAGGCUGCAGCACAGAGGGAUGAUGGGUUUGUUUAUAGUUUCACUUCAGAUGAAAAUGGUAAAGUUGAAAAUAUUGCUUGGACAUAUGGGGACUCUGUUCGUGCUUUUUCAGUGUUCGGUGAUGUAGUUACGUUUGACACCACAUACCGCUCUAUCACCUAUAACUUGCUCCUUGGUGUGUGGCUCGGUAUUGACAACCACGGGAAGGCAGUUUUUUUGGGGUGUGUGCUGCUACAAGAUGAAACUUCUCAGUCAUUUUCUUGGGCCUUGCAGGUCUUCAUUCGGUUCAUGAGAGGAAGAAGGCCACAAACUAUUGUGACUGAUAUAGACACAGGGCUCAGAGAUGCUAUAGUAGUUGAGUUGCCACAUACUAAACAUGUUAUAAGUAUAUGGCAAGUUCUAUUGAAACUGUCUAGCUGGUUCUCUCUGCCGCUUGGGUUGCAGUAUCCAGAAUUUAAAUCUGAGUUUGAUAUCUUGUGUCAUAUGGAGAAUGCAGAGGAUUUUGAGCAUCAGUGGAAUCAUCUGAUUGCUCGUUUUGGACUUGGUUCUGAUAAACACAUUGCUUUCCUCUUUUCUUAUCGAGCAGCUUGGCCAUUUUCCUACGUUAGAGGUCACUUUCUAGCUCGUGCAAUGACAGCUGAUUAUUCAAAGUCUGUGGAAACAUUCUUGAAGAAUAUUUUGAGUGCAAAAUCAUGUUUGCCAUUUUUCUUUGAACAGGUUGGUAUUUUUGCCAACUUUGGGAAUCAAAGAGAACAGCUAUUGUAUUUGCCCAUCAAAACAUGUCUGCCGCUUGAAGAGCAUGCACGAAGUAUUCUUACCCCAUAUGCCUUCAAUGCCUUACAACAUGAGAUCGCACUAUCUAUGCACUAUGCAACAACAGAAAUGGCCAAUGGUUCAUACCUUGUGAGGCAUUAUAAGAAAAUGGAAGGAGAGUGUCUUGUGGUUUGGAUACAGGAAGAUGAGCAAGUUCAUUGUUCUUGUAAGGAAUUUGAACAUUCUGGAUUAUUAUGCAGGCAUUCUCUUCGAGUACUUGUAGUAAAGAACUACUUUCAAAUCCCAGAAAAAUAUUUUCCUCUCCGAUGGCGACUUGAGAGCUCCUUAUUUCCUUUGGAUGAACAAACUAUUCAAGGCAGCAAUGAUGAGUGUUCCCAAGCCUUGCAUUCUCUUACUGCAACUUUAGUUUCAGAAUCAUUCAUUUCCAAGGAGCGAUUGAAUUAUGCCCAUAAAGAACUUAUGCAGCUCCUUGAUCACGUUCGAAAUAUGCCUACUAUUGACGAUAUUGCUUUGAAUUUGGCACCCGACCAUGCCAAUGAAACGUAGGUUUUUAAGAAGCAUGGUGGCUAAUUUAGCUCCAUUUGGCAGUUCAUUUUUAUCUAGGAGGUUGGAAGAUGAACCAUUGAAGGCACCAAAAUGAUGUAUGAAAAUUUUUCUCUUUUGAUCAUACAAACUCAUACUUUGUAUACUGGCAAACCACAAUGAGGAAGCGAAAAUGCAUUUUUUUACCAAGGGCUGAAUAGAAGUUUGCAGAAACCUGUAAUAUUUCUAUGCAAAUUAUAUCCUGCAUUUGUAAGAAAUUCCCUUGAAGAAUCACUUGGGGAUGGUGUUGCUUACUUGUGCUAGGGGCAGAGAAAUGAGUACAAUUAGGAUGUGUAUAAGGUUGCUUGAUGCAGCAGAAAAUUGGGCUGCUAAGCAUGAGAAUGUUGGUUCAUCUCAGGGAGUAGUCACUACGUAGGGGUUAAAAGGGAAGGAUUGUUUAGGCCUUUAGAGCAUCUCUAAUAGUAUUUUAUAUUUUAGAGAACAUUUUUUUUUUUUUACAUAGAGCA